AUGAAUGCAAUGUCCCCUCUCCUGCCCACCGGCAUAAUCCCUUCCCUUCUGCUCUUCCUCCUCCAACUCCCAAUCGUCACAGCAGCCACCUGCAAUGGCCAAUCCGCCUACUGUGAUCGCCCGUACUCCAACCUCACCCAGAUGGGCGCCCACGACAGCCCCUUCGUCGGGCCCCUCCCCCAGCAUAACCAGAACAUCGACGUGACGGCCCAGCUCGACAUGGGCAUCCGCUUCCUCCAGGGCCAAACCCACAAGGCACCCACCAACGACACCCUACGUCUAUGUCACACAUCCUGUAUCCUCGAAGACGCGGGCACCCUCGAAGCCUACCUGGUCACAGUCCGGUCCUGGCUGGACACACACCCUGACGACGUGGUGACGCUUCUCCUCACAAACGGCGACAGCGUCCCGGUCAGCCGCUUCGACGAGACGUUCGCAAACGCCGACAUCAAGAAGUAUGCGUUCGUGCCGGAGUCGUCCCCAAAGACGUUGCCCGUGUCCUCGUGGCCCAAAUUGGGAGAGUUGAUUGGCAACGGGACGCGGUUGGUUGUGUUUCUAGAUUACGGCGCCGACACGGCCUCUGUCCCAUACAUCCUCGACGAAUUCUCGUAUUUCUUCGAGAACCCAUACGACGAGACGAACCCCUCGUUCCCGAACUGCAGUAUCGACCGACCGCCUGGUCUAUCGGACGAUGGACGGAUGUAUAUAGUCAAUCAUUUCUUGGAUCUUGAUAUUCUGGGCAUCAAGAUCCCAGACAGGGAGCAUGCGUCCCGGACAAAUGCGGCCUCUGGCAAUAGCAGCAUCGGCGCGCAGGCUGAUCUGUGUCGUUCCGAGCAUGGUCGACUGCCGAACGUGAUUCUUGCGGAUUUUGUCGACCAGGGUGAGGUCAUGUUGGCGCAGAAUACACUAAACGGCGUAAAGGGUUGA